AGGAGCCAACAAACAAAGACGCACAAGGGAUGACAGAACCAGGGGCAGCUCUCAACACUACCUUCUCUCCACAGACUUGUAAAGAUUACAACUUAUAAAGUAUCUGCUUUCCCUCGUAACAAAACUACAGCGGAACAGAAUUUUCAGAUCAAUAAAAGAAGAAGAGAAGAGAAGAGAAGAUGCCAAAAAGAAAAAGGCCAAAAAUUUCACCCUUAAUCACCCAAAGAUCUGAUCUUUUUGAAGAAUUACCUGACGAUAUUAUUGUUUGCAUCCUCUGCAAGCUCAGCUCCUCCGCUUCUUGUCCUUCAGAUUUCAUCAACAUUCUCAUAACAUGCAAAAGAAUGAAUCGGUUAGGUCUUCAUCCUCUUGUUUUGUCCCAAGCUGGACCUAAAGCAUUAGCAGUCACAGCCAAAAACUGGUCGGAAUCUGCUCACCGGUUUCUCAAACAGUGCGUUAACGCCUGCAACGCCGACGCCUCGUACACUCUAGGAAUGAUCCGAUUUUAUUGCUUACAAAACCGAGCAACUGGAGCAUCCUUGAUUGCAAAGGCCGCCAUCAAAUCACACGCCCCGGCUCUUUAUUCUCUAGCCGUUAUGCAGUUCAACGGCAGUGGUGGCUCCAAAAAGGACAAAGAUCUUAGAGCCGGUGUCUCUCUUUGUGCUCGAGCAGCCGUCUUGGGUCACAUCGAUGCGUUACGGGAGCUAGGCCAUUGUCUCCAAGACGGUUACGGAGUUGCUCAAAAUGUUGUCGAGGGACGCCGGCUCCUAAUCCAGGCCAACGCGCGAGAGUUCGCGUCAUCAUUACGUACUAUGCUCACGUGGCAACCGCAACACCAGCAUCAUCAUCUCCAAUAUGCUUCGUGUGUGAUGAUGGGAAGCAUGGGGUGCCCAUUGCUAAGCGACUUUGGUUGUAAUGUGCCGGCGAGGGAGUUGCACCCGGCGAAUCGGUUUUUGAGGGAGUGGUUCGAGUCAGGGCGAGGGUUGCUUGGGCCAGGCUUGAGGUUAUGCUCGCACGGUGGGUGCGGGCGGCCGGAAACAAGGCCGCACGAGUUCCGGAGGUGUUCCGUUUGUGGUAAAGUGAAUUAUUGCUCGCGGGGAUGUCAAGCGCUCGAUUGGAAGUUGAGGCACAAAUCGGAAUGUGUGGCAAUGGAGCAGUGGCAUGGUGUGGACGGCGGCGGUGAUGAGAUCGAAGGAAUGGUGGGGAUUGAAGAGGAUGAGAAUGUGGCUCUUCUUCAUUGAUAUCGAUCAAAUUGUUACCGUUUGAUUUGGAAAUUUUUAGGAAAAGAUCUUCUAUUUUUAUUUAAUAUUAUUUUUAUAUAUUCUAUUUUUUAUUUAUGUACAAAUUAAGAAGGAUUUAGUUGUGUA